AUGGCGCCCCCUGACGACGAUUGGCUGAAGGUGAAUUCCGACGGGGCCGUGUCGAAGGGUGGCGACAAAGGAGGAGCUGGAGCUGUUAUCAGGGACCAUGACGGCGCAUUCAGAGAUGGGCUCUGUCACUUCAUCCGCGGUACUGCUGACCCUCAAUCGAUGGAGAUAUUGGCCUGCAAGCGAGCUCUUCAAGUGGCGCAGGAGAUAAACGCCGAGAGGGUGCAUGUUGAGCUUGACUCUCAGUGUGUGGUACGGAUGCUAAACAAUCCACACAAGGAGAUGUCCAGUGCUAGGCCGUGGAUACAACAACUUAAAGUGACGCUUGCUUCUUUCUCUGAGUUUAGAGUGUCGUGGAUUCAUCGCUCUGCAAAUGUUGCAGCACAUAGAUUUGCUAGAGUUGGUAUUGGUGAUGAACUUUGUAAGGUUUGGUUAGGGGUUACCCUAGACUUUGUGCUAGACGUUAUUUCAGACGAGAUUCCGAACGCUUAUGAUUGA